AUGGCAUUACUUUCGGAUAACAAUUAUUAUUGGAAAAAGUUAAUAUUUGCUUCAAAUUUAAUCUACAUUUCCAGAAUUUUAAAUUAUUUAAAAGAUGCUUAUUUUUACUACGUUAACAUGGAGGAACAAGGUUACAAAUCUUUGAUAGUGGUUUUUAUUUACGGAAUUUGUGGUGAUUAUUAUUGGGGAGAUCUUGUUGGAGAGUCCCAAUUUCGAAGAUUUUAUAUAAUUAUUAAAUAUGGUGGCAUACGCGGUGGAAACAACACAAAUCAUGAAAAAUCUAAACUUAUGUUAAAACAUAAUGAUCGUGUAGGAAAAAUACUCAAAGUUAAAGACAUAGAAUUCGACAUUGAAUUUGAUGACCAACUGGGAAAGAAAGUUUAUGAGGACAUUCUCUGA